ACCAAACACGAAACGCAUCGAAUUUGCGGAAGUGAGCGGGCGGGUGGGGCCUCGACAGUAAUGUGACCACAGACGCCGUUAGGAUUGCGUGAAACGAAGCGUUAUGUAUGACCCUACAAAGACCCGUGGAGAUUUUUAAGGCCGGACGCGAAAUGAGACGAGGACGUGCGCAAUGUUGAAAUAGAGUUUAUAUGCACUAAUUGUCUGGCGCUGUGUGAGGGGGCUAACUAACACCAAGAGGAUUACCAUCAUCAUCAUCAUCACACAACCGAGAUCUCAUGACUGGAGCAAUGUGAAACGCCGAUAUCGCUCAUUCCUUCAGUAUAUUGAGGAAUAAUAAUGAACAACGCGCAAGAUAUGUCUCCCGAUUUUGUCUUGAUGCGCCUGGUCUCCGCGGCCGAAGAUGACCGCUUGGACGAGGAGAAUGGGAAUCUGUCGUCGGGCACUGGACUGACAGUGGCUAUCAAGGGGAACUUUGAAUGCACGCAGAAUCACGGCCACAUCUCGGCCGUGAACAAAGCUCCGCAGGCCAGCGGAACGGAGGCACCUGACGCGGGAGUGAUGGCGACCAGACCUGCGCUGUCUGUGCCGCCGCCUCCUCUCCAUUCAGCCGAGGCCCACGGGUACGAUCUCGCCCACCGAGGUGGAAUGGGGCCUCAGCUGUUGGUAUUCAGAAACAUAUCGAGAGACUCUGAAGGAUUUGCCGAGAACAAGUCGGAGGAUCAGCGAAGGGCUUUUGAGGAACAAGCGGUACUCGCUUCCGAGUCCGGCGCUGUGGACGCUCAGCAUCCGCCUACAUGGACGCUGCAUCCACAGCUCAAACUGCCAGCGGUUGCUACGGAUACGGAUGGAGGCGAGCUCUGCCACCGGCAUCGCUUGAUCACAGACCAACAGGACUGGCCGCCGGUUGUGGAGCACAAAACGAGCUCGAUGACAGCGCAGCUGCAGCUCCAGCUCCCCGAAGGUCCCGUUCUGGAGCUCGCGAGGAAAUUCGGCGAGCUGGGAGUUGCUCCGGUACCUGAAUUUCUGCUCAAGGAUGGAGAGCUGCAGCACUCCUGUCAAAGCGUGCUAGGCUCGCGGGGGGAUGCGGAGGGAGAGGACCCGACCGAGACCAGCGAUGCUCUUCUGGUGCUGAUGGAGGGCCUCGGGUCAGAGGAGGUGAACGGCCUGGGCAUCAACGCCUGUCAGAAGCCCGAGUCCCAGACUGCAGAGCCCGGUGCGUUUGCGCUCAAAAGACACAGUAGCCGUCCACCUGCGUUCAUAGAGCAAAAGAAAACUGACACAGACCGUGCAGGUUGGUUAAUAGCGAUUGUUGUCAAUUACUUUUGA